UGCCGGCCUCGGAACGGACUUCAGGUGUCACGCUAGCAGAGGGCUGCCCGCGGGUGGUCUGGCCCCCCGGCGCGGCGCUCAACCGUCCCCACGUGGCCGUUUCCGCGGAGGCUGGUGCUCGGGGGCUCCCGGGGCUGGGCCGCACGGUGGGAGGAGCGGGUCGUGUCCGCGGAGCGCCGGGGGUCCCGCAGUGUCCGUCUUUUUAACGAGUUGGUUGCUACUAAAAGACUGAAGAGCUUAAUUUUAGAAACCGAGUUUUGUAGCUUCUGUAGAAAAGUCAGAUCUGGCAGCAUUGGACCCAGAAUACCGCGUGUCACCCAUCACCUAGAGCUACCCCCUCAGGCUCCACCAUGUCCGGGCCCCGGACCCCAGAGCCAGCCCUAGAUGGGCAGGGAGCCUCCUCCACGGGCUCACAGGACGAGGACAUGGCUGACGGGAUCCAGCACUCACAUCGCAUGCUCAGCUUCAGCGACGCGCUUCUGUCCAUCAUUGCCACCGUAAUGAUCCUGCCUGUGACCCACACGGAGAUCUCCCCGGAGCAGGAGUUUGACAAGAGUGUCCAGAAACUUCUAGCCACGAGGAUCGCUGUGUACCUGAUGACCUUCCUCAUCGUGACUGUGGCCUGGGCGGCACACACGAGAUUGUUCCAAGUUGUUGGGAAAAUAGACGAUACGCUUGCCCUGCUUAACCUGGCCUGCAUGAUGACCAUCACCUUCCUGCCUUUCACAUUUUCCUUGAUGGUGGCCUUCCCCGAGGUGCCGCUGGGCAUUCUUCUGUUCUGUGUGUGUGUGAUGGCCGUCGGGGCCGUGCAGGCGCUGAUCGUGGUCUACGCCUUCCACUUCCCCCACCUGCUGAGCCCCCAGAUCGAGUGCUCGGCCCACCGGGCCCUCUACCGGCAGCACAUCCUGGGCAUCAUUCUCCGGGGCCCGGCGCUGUGCUUGGCUGCGGCCGGCUUCUCCCUCUUUUUCUACCCAGUGUCGUACCUGCUGAUGGCGACAGUCAUCUUCCUGCCCUACGUCAGCAAGGCCGCCGGCUGGUGCAGAGCCAGGCUUGUGGGCCCCAGGGAGCCCCCGGCUCGCAGCCUGGAGAUCUUCACCUUCGACCUGCACGAGCCGCUCAGCAAGGAGCGGGUGGAGGCCUUCAGCGACGGGGUCUACGCCAUUGUGGCCACGCUGCUCAUCCUGGACAUCUGUGAGGACAACGUCCCGGACUCCAAGGACGUGAAGGAGAAGUUCCACGGCAGCCUAGUGGCGGCGCUGGGUGCGUCCGGGCCGCACUUCCUGGCCUACUUCGGCUCCUUCGCCACGCAUCUUCCAGUUCGCCAUCUGGACCACGGCGCUGCUGCAGGAGGGGGAGACGCUGCAGCCCUCGGCGCGGUUCGGGGGCCGGGAGCACGCGUUCAUGUUCGCCAAGCUCGCGCUGUACCCCUGCGCCAGCCUGCUGGCCUUCGCCUGCACCUGUGUGCUGAGCAGGUUCAGCACGGCCAUCCUCCACGCCAUGCAGAUCGCCGUGCCCUUCGCCUUCCUCGUGUUGCGGCUGCUGGUGCGCCUGCUGCUGGCCGGCCUGCGGGGCCUGCGGGGCCUGCGGGGCCUGCGGGGUCUGGCCCGGCCAGCGCCAGGGGCCGUGGACGACGCACAGUCCCCGCUCCUCCCUGCUCCCUGCUAGCGCGGCCCCGGCCCCCGCCUGAGGUCCAAGUGUCCGGCGGGUGGCCCGGCCUCGGGUUUUGUCUUCCUUGUGAAGUUUCAUGCUCUACUUCAGCCCCUCAGAUUGUCUUCCACUGUUGCAGAGAAGAGUCUCGCAGGAGCGUCACUGUGUCCCACGUGCCUGUUGUCUGCCUCGACCAAGUGGAGAUGAGCCGCGGGGGGCCGCAGGCGGCGGGUGGUUCCGUGGCAGCUGGGGCCGCAGCCCCGUGGUGGGUGUGGCUGUGCGACGUGGCCCCGGGUCCUCAACAGGCAGCACGUCCUGCAACAGCCCACGUCCCGCGGGCAGAAGGCCCUGGCAGCUGCUGGGCUGCCCAACCGGCCCCCACAUCCCAGCCCUCCUCCCCCAACACACUGGCCUCAGGCACAGACGCAGGAGACGGCAGCAGGACAGGAUGCCCAGACUAUAUUUGUCCCAGAUAUAAAUUACGGUCACCUUCAGGUGAUAAGUUACACAUGAGGGAGGGGGUGCAGAGCCCACACAGCCCCUCCGGGCACGCACACUCGCUUAUGCACAGAGGACACGUUCACCUGAACCACAAUUUACAAGACAGUUCCUAUCGACCAACGGGGCCCGCAAAGCAAAAGCUAAUGCCGCCCCCGGGGACGCAAACCUGGGGGACACACACCGGCUACUAGAGGCACAUGGCGAGGACGGGCCGCCACCCACGGCUGUUCCGAUGCACGUGUCUGGGCAGUUUUGGCACAAGCUUGGCGGGUACAGGGCUGGGCGGGGCCGUGUCCGAGGUUGAGGCCGAAUGUCAGGGCAAGGCCACCACCCAGGGUGCGAGGGCCCAGCGGCAAGACAGCGCCAAAGGCAAAGAGACCAGACAAUCAGGAGAGGGGCUUGUGGACCCUUCUCUGGGGCUUUGGGGGCUCCCAGGCAGCUGGGGUCGGGCUCUUCUGGGGGCCAAGUCGGGACUCUGGGCCGGCUAAACUCGGGGGCUCUGUGAGUGGCCCGCCAGACAGCCACGUCUGCAUCCUGCGUCGCCAAGUCUCCACGUGGAGAAGCACGGAGACCAUACGAGUCCCGUCUGCCCAGCAGCGGACACGGCACCCGUGUGCUGACUGUCGGCAAGUGGGAGGCCGAGUGCCGCAAUGAUCAUGUGCCGCGUCGACCUUGCUGAUUAAAGCCGCUCCUGCUGCACG